AUGUUUUCCACUACAAGAAGUUCAAGAAUCAUGAGACUCGCAAGACAAGAAAAUAAGUGCAGAUAUUCAGACGAUAUUGGAGUAGCAGUGAAGCAAGAUGCUGGAUCAGUAAUGGACAAAAACAAGCAUUAUGAAUAUUAUGGAUGCCCUAAUUUUGAAUCAGCAGAUAUGAGUGAAGAUAAAAACCAGCAAAACAGCAAACUUCAUUGUCGAGACUAUAGAUGCCAUUUGAUGAAAUCUGCUCAUCUAAAUCCUCCUGAUUUCUUAGUUCCGAAAGAAACCAAUGUUUUCAAUCCCACCAUUCAUGACGUGCCAUCCGACGAUAUGUGGAAACAAAUUUUCACCAAUGAUACACCCAAUAAAAACAUGUUGGCUUCGCUAUCUGGACUGGAUGAAGUAGACAAUCAACCAUCUUGUUCUUUUUAUGGUACCUCUAGCAACCAAAUGAACACUUAUGAUAAAAAUAAUGUAGAAGAGGAUAUUUACCUUUCGUCAUCUGAAAAUGAUCCAUUUGAGACGGAUGAAGACUCAGAUUACGAAGAAGAUUCUGAAAUCGAAGACGAUAGUGUACAAAAUCUACCAAUUAGAAAACAGAAACGGAAAUGCAUUAAACGAUUUACACAGAAAGAAAAAACGAGGAAAAGAACAAGAAAUGUGACUACAUGGAAAAGGAAUGAAAUAAAAUUGGCAAGAAAUUCAGGCAAAGAAUACCUAGACUGGAAAGGAAAUACUCACAGUGCAAGAAAGUUGAAAGAUCCAUGUAAAAAUUGCAAAAAGAAAUGUGUAGAGAGAAUCGGUCAUACCGAACGAGAAGAAAUCUUCAAAGAAUUUCCGUUUGUCAAAUUUUCUUUCUAA